UGGGUUGGUCUGGUUUAGUCUCAUUUUUAUUGUUGUUUGUGGGAGCAGUGAUGGUGGGGGUGGCUUAUGGAGAAGGUAAGCAGCAGGAUUAUGGGGAUGCCUUAGCGAAGAGCAUUUUAUUUUUUGAAGGCCAACGGUCGGGAGAGUUAACUUCUAUGCAACGAAUGAAAUGGAGGAAAAGCUCUGCUCUUCAGGAUGGUCAUUCUAUUGGAGCGGAUUUGGUGGGAGGAUACUAUGAUGCUGGUGAUAAUGUGAAGUAUAAUUUUCCAAUGGCUUUCUCAACAACAAUGUUGGCAUGGAGUGUCUUGGAAUUUGGGGAAUUCAUGGACAUGGAACUUGAACAUGCAAAGGAGGCAGUUCGUUGGGGAACAGACUACUUGCUUAAAUCCACAGACAACCCAGGAACUAUCUUUGUUCAAGUAGGGGACCCUUAUGCGGAUCAUAACUGUUGGGAAAGACCUGAGGACAUGGACACACCUCGAAACGUCUAUGCGGUUACCCCACAACACCCUGGUUCAGAGGUUGCAGCUGAGACAGCUGCUGCACUUGCAGCUUCGUCAGUAAUCUUUAGAUCGCCUGAUCCUUCCUACUCUCAAAGGCUUCUCAGUAGGGCCAUGGAGGUUUUUGACUUUGCAGACAGAUACAGGGGAUCAUACAGUGAUAGCCUUGGACCAUGGGUUUGUCCUUUCUAUUGUGAUUGGAGUGGCUAUGAGGAUGAAUUGCUCUGGGGAGCCGCAUGGUUAUACAAAGCUUCUAACAAUACAAAAUACUGGAACUAUUUGGUAGAGAACAUAUCCAUAAUGGGAUCCAUGCAUAAAGAGACUAAAAGUAAUCAGAUCGUGAAGAAUGGUCCUACUUCAGGCGAAUUUGGUUGGGAUAACAAAGAUGCAGGCAUCAAUGUUCUCAUGGCUAAUGAUUUAUCGUUUAUGAACAAUGAAUCCCUCAUCAAUACAGCCCAUUUGAAUGCUGAUAAAUUCAUCUGCGAAGUACUUCCCGAAUCACCAAUGAGAAAUGUUAACUACUCGCAAGGUGGGCUACUCUUCAAAUCAGGAGGAAGCAAUAUGCAACACACAACCGCCAUUUCAUUUCUCCUCCUUGUUUAUGCUACUCAAUUGAACCACACCAAUGAUGUCGUCCAGUGUGGCAACAUCAUUGCGAAUUCAGAGCGGCUCAUAUCACUUGUCAAAAGCCAGGUGGAUUACAUAUUGGGUAACAAUCCAAUGAAUAUGGCAUACAUGGUGGGAUAUGGAGAGAAAUUUCCCUUCAGGAUACAUCACCGAGGUUCUACUUUACCAUCAAUGGAUCAACAUCCAGAUCACAUUGCCUGCAAAGAUGGAACUCCAUACUUCGUGAGCCAGAACCCUAAUCCCAAUUUGUUGACAGGGGCUGUAGUUGGAGGACCUUACCCCAAUGAUACAUACCCUGAUUCUCGAUCUUUGUUUACACAGUCAGAGCCCACGACAUAUAUUAAUGCACCUCUUGUGGGUGUAUUAGCCUUCUUCAAAGCUCACAUAAAUCCAAUGGAUUAGCUAGCUUUCUCGGUUGGAUGUUCUAAUUAUUUGGAUUGGUAUGACUUUACCACAAAUGGAUUUUUUUCUGUUAGUAUAGUUUAUUUCAGAAUAUUUAUA